UCUAGUCUUAACUUUUGUCAUUUCCAUAAUUAUUGUUUAAUUAGCAAAAUUAAGAAAAAUUUUAACUUACUUUUAACAAAAUUAGACUUUAGAGGUACUAUACCUCUUCCCUCUGAAUUAAAAUGAUUCCAUGGGAGUGGAUAGGUAUUGGAAACUGCUUAUUCUCCGUAAUCGCCUGUGUGUUUUUAACUAUAUCAUAUGUUGCAAGUCUGUAUGUGUGGAGAACAAAAGAAAACAGAGACCAUCCAAGUACUAUUAAAAGAAGAUUCUUCAGUGUAUUUAUUAUGAUGAUGCUUGCUCCCUUAUUUACAUACUAUUUUCUUAAUAAACCAUUGGACAUAUCAGAAAUGUAUGUAAAAAUGGGUUUGAGAGAAAAGGGAUUUCUUCAAGCCCUAAUUUUGCCAUUAUUGCUGACAGUUAUUUUAUUCUUAGGACCACUAUCUAUGCAAUUAUUUUCUGGAGCAUGGAGAAUUUACAUUGAACCAAUGUAUUGGAUAUCAUGUUGGCAAGAUUUAGUUUGGGUUAGAAACCAUAUUAUGGCACCAUUAAGUGAAGAAUGGGUAUUUAGAGCAUGCAUGAUGCCUUUAUUACUGCAGUGUUUGAACCCAAUGUCAGCGGUUUUCAUUGGACCAUUACUAUUUGGGAUUGCUCAUUUUCAUCAUGUAUUUGAACAGAUUAAAGCUGGAUAUGAAAUAAAGACAGCAUUAAUUGUUUCUUCUUUCCAAUUUACAUACACUUCAAUGUUUGGUGCUUAUUCAUCAUUUUUGUUCUUGAGAAGUGGUCAUUUUAUUGCACCACUAAUGGCUCAUAUAUUCUGCAAUCACAUGGGAUUCCCAAACUUUAGUGACAUUGCUCUAUUUCCCCCUCUUGAGCGUUUUGUUAUUGUCUGCAAUUAUCUAUUAGGAUUUGGACUGUGGUGCUACCUCUUAAAUCCAAUGACUAGUCCUGAUAUAUAUUAUAAUAAACUAAAUUUUGUUACCUGAGACUGUCUAGGUACUAAAAAUAAUCUUAUUGAUAUGGACUAAUUUGAUGUUUGCGUUAUGGUGCAAGUUCCCAAGUCUACUGUUUACAGUAAAUUAGGCAUUCAGAUGCUACUUGUGAUAAAAAAAACAGAUUCGCUAUCCGUUAUUUAUGAUUUAGAUAGUGUUUUUUGUUUUCCAAAACAAAAACUUCAAAUUUUACAUAUGUUUGAUGCUACUUUAUCAAGUAAAACAUCAAAUAAAAUGCUAUUAAUUGAUUUUUAUAAACAUUGAUUCCAAGCCAACAGAUACGGGGCAUAUUGUUAUUGGGUAAAUUGGUUGUCGUUAAGUUUGGAUAUUCAAUACACAAAGUAUGCAUAGAUUUCUUACUCACUACUACAAUUUCAUUAAUAGAGACAAAUGCUUGGAUUCUUUUAGGCAAAUAGAACAAUACCCUUAUGGUAGUAUAAAUAAGUGAAAGUCUUAAACUGAAAAAUAAAAUACAUUGAGGAAGCUGCUUUUUUUAAGCUUAAGACUGGCAGAUUAUUUAUAAAUGUACAAUCGCACAAUGUAAUGACUUAGAAUUACAAGAUUUAAUUUUGUGCACAUGAUUGUAUUUACAGUCAUUAAGUAUUACGUAUUUCUAAAGAGCAGGGGCGUUUUAAAAUUCGUAAAAAAAAUUAAAUUUCGAAUAAAUUCGCCUUUUUCUAUCUACAGCUUCACCAAAGUAAAAUUGUCGCCAUGUAGUAUUUUUAUUGAAGGUUCGUGUAUUCCGUUUUUCUACAAAUCAUGACAGGUGCGUCCACCUGAUGUUUUGUUCUAUUUGAAAUAAAUCAGGGAGUAAACACAAAAUUUUCUGUUUCAACCACGCUUGUAGUCCAGGAUCCAUCGCCCAUUUUUGCACUUGAUUACUAUCAAGCAAAUUUUCCGUGAGUAGCUUUAUUUUGAUGAGACGCCCAAUAAUUUCCUAUACGAAACUCUCGAUAGUGGUAGCUAACAGAGGUAGCAAGGAUAAAAUAUGUUGAUUUUAUGAUUCUCAAAUAUUUAUUACUAACUGAAUUUUUUUUUGUUAAAUCUCAAGAUAAUUAUUUAGAUAAUUUAGAUAAUUAUUCGAAAAAAUAUUUGUCCUACAAAAUCUAUGGUUUGAUCAAAGAGCCCCCUCUUUCCGACAUGUAUCGAUAACGAGGUCAUCAUAAAUGAUUACUAACCAGCUGAUUUUUUUUUUACUUAGUUAAUAUUCAUGUAAUUUAACAGACAUAUUGUCCUACAAAUUGCGCGGUACGUUAUCCUGGUCCUACGCUACGCACAAUCGAGAGUUUCGUAUAGGAAAUUAUUGGGCGUCUCAUCAAAAUAAAGCUACUCACGGAAAAUUUGCUUGAUAGUAAUCAAGUGCAAAAAUGGGCGAUGGAUCCUGGACUAUUGGUGUAGUUAACAUAUUUUUAUAAAUUGCUAUGUGAAUAAGAUAAUUAUUUUUGUUGUCUCUGAUUUUCCUUAGAGAUUCUUUAACCACUACCCAAUCUACGCCUUUGUGUUCUGUGCUAACGUUGAUAACUGGUUCUUGAAAUUUUAAGAAUAUACUUCUUUCGCUGAUUAUGCUAUAAAAUCCUCAUUGGUUGUUUUUUUAUUAUUUUAAUAUUACAAUAUUAUAAUAGGCUAUAUGUAUGCCUUUGCAUAGCAAUUCUUUAAAUGCUGAGUAGUCAAUUUGCGCCUAUAUUUUAUUGUGUUAAGUUUUAGCCACAAUAGACAAUUUUAAAAAUGAUUUAUUGUUUUAUAUAUUAUAAAUCAAUAAAUAAGUUUUACUUAUUCUUAAAAGUGUAAGAAUACAGCGAUCUUAUGUCAGUCCAUUUUAUGUAGUUGAUGUUUAAACCGUACUUAAUAGUCACUGCAUAAUUAAUAGUUUGUAAGAUAAUUAUACCAAGGUCAUUUAGUUAAUUAUUAUUUGGCGUUUGUCAGACUACAAUUGCAGUUCGCAUUAGGGCAAUUAUUGUGUUGGGCGAACUUGGAAUUUUUUAAACAGUGAAACAACAGAGUGAAUUAUUGCCAUAUUAUUUAUGCUAUUGCAUAAAUGUAUCUUAUUACAAUGUUAAAGAUCAAAUUACAA